CUCUCGAAAUAUCUGAGAUUCUGGAUGGAAUGGCGGUGGAAACCGCGUCGCUGAGCGCUGCCGCGGCGGUGCGCUUGCUCCACCAGUGCUCCGCCAGGCGCGACUUAGCGCUGGGAAGAUCCAUCCACCAGAUGCUCCUGGCGAAGAACAGGCAGCAAGAAUCUGGAUUGUCACCGCUCGUCGCCAACACACUGAUCGACAUGUACGCCAAGUGUGGCAGCGUGGAGGAAGCGCGAUGCGUGCUAGAAUCCAUGGGGAGCAGCGGCAGCACCAUUCCAGACGUGGUGUCGUGGACGAGCCUCAUCUGGGGCUACUCGCAGCGCGGGCAAUGGGAUCAAGCGAUGGCGCUACUGGGAAGAAUGCAGCAAGAGGGAGUAGCGCCCAAUAGCUUCACGUUUGGAUCCAUCCUCAAGGCGUGCAAGGAUGUGGAAGCCGGGGCUCGGAUCCAUCGGUUCCUCCUCCAAGUCCGCCAUGGCCAGAUCCUCUACCACGACGUUUACGUUGCCACAGCGCUAGUGGGCAUGUAUGGCUCUUGCGGCCAUAGCGCCGCGGCUCGCGAGGUGUUUGACGCCAUUCCCAGCGCCACCAAGAACAUCGUCACUUGGAGCGCCAUGCUGGGUACGUAUGCCAGUGCUGCUACUGGCGAUCAUCCUGGAGGAGAUCAGUCACUUCCUUCUUCCUUUCCUUCUUCUUGCAGCAAUGCUAGCGUGUGGAGGCAACAGGGAAUGGAGCUCUUUUGGAGCUUCCUCAACGAUGGAAGCCUGAGAGUGGACAAGGUAGUGUUUAUCACUGUUCUUGGUCUUUGCAGUAACUUGACGCAAGGAUGUUUCUGCCAUAGCUGCGCUCUGGAAGCUGGAUUUGCUGCUGAUCCUGCCGUGUGCCAUGCUCUCAUUGUCACGUAUGGGAGAUGCGGUAGCUCUCCUCUCGCACGCCAAGUUUUCUCCGAGAUGGUACGUAAAGAUGUUGUCUCUUGGACUUCGAUGAUCAAGGCAGCGGACGCUGACGAGUGCUUGCUGCUCUUCAGGCAAAUGCUGCUUGAGGGAGUGGCUCCGAACGAGCUCACGCUUGCGGAGGCUUUGCAUUCGUGCUCGCUAGCUCCCGACCUCCCCGCCACCUUUGCUGUCGGCCAAUGCGUCCACGCGUGUGCCAGGGAGCUCGGCUACGAGACCGACGUCGUGGUUGGAACUUCGCUGAUCAACAUGUACGCCAAGUGCGCCGCUCUGCCUCAAGCCGAGGCCAUCUUCCAUCUCCUGGCGACGAACGCUCGAACGAACUGCGUGUGCUGGACGGCGAUGAUCACCGCAAAUGCCAAGGCAGGGGAAUGGAAGCAGGCCAUCCGACUCUACAGGCAAAUGCAGCUGCAAGGCAUCGCUCCCAACAGGGUUUCCUUCGUUGCAGCUCUCUCGGCGUGCUCCACGCCCGAGUUUCUGGCCACCGGGGAGCUUGUCCACUCUUGCACUGUGGAGCGGGGGCUGGAGAGUGACACAAUGGUGGCAAACGCAGUCGUGAGCAUGUAUGGCAAGUGUGGAAGCGUAGAGGACGCGAGGAAGAUGUUUGACGGGAUGAAAAGGCGCGACAGUGUAACUUGGAGUGCAAUGCUUGCGGCCAUCGCACUGGCCGGGGAGCUAGACAGCCGCGCGAGAAACGAGCAAGCUUUGCUUCUGUUCGCAAGGAUGCAGCUCGAAGGGGUGAAACCAACAAAGGAUGAUCCAUUCCCGCGUGCUUCUCGAUCGCCGGCACGACGGAGGCGAGCUGGAGGUUGCGCUGUGGAACGCCGUCGUUAACAUGUACGCGAGAUGUGGAUCACUGGACAGCGCUGCUCGCGAGUUCCAUGGAGCACAGGCAAGAGAUUUCGUUUCCUGGAACGGGAUGAUCACCGCGAGCGCGCAGCACUCGCGCUGGAGUGACGCGGUGGCUUACUUCCAAGAGAUGCAACAGGAGGGCGUGGAUCCGGACGAGGUGACAAUGGUAACUCUGCUCUUCGCGUGCAACCAUGCCGGGUUUGUGGAGCAGGGCUGCGACUACUUUGCGUCGAUGAGCAGGGACUAUGGGCUGAGCCCGCGACUUGAGCACAGCGCUUGCGUGCUCGACAUGCUGGGACGAUCGGGGCAUGUCGAAGUCGCGCAGGAGAUGUUGAAAGACUCGGCUUGCAGCGAUCCUGUGCUGUGGACAUCGCUGCUUGGAUCUUGCAGAGUUCAUGGCGAUUUGGAGCGCGCAAGAGCGGCGUCCGGCCAAAUUCUCGAUGUCAAUCCCGCGAGUUCUUCCGCUUAUGUGGUCUUGUAUCAAGCUCAAACCGUGUAAAAAUGCAAGCUCGUUUAGGGCAAAAA